GAAGCCGCAGUAUCAGGAACCAUCAAAUUCUUUAAAUAAUUUUAAUCCUGGAGACAAUUAUCCAGGAUAUCCACCGAAUGACUAUCAGAGCGGCCGUCCCCAAUACCAGCGGCCAAAUGGUGUCAAUAAUAUUUACCUGGGAAAUAAUCCCAGCUACAGUCGCCCUGGAAGCUAUCAAAUUAGACCAAAUCAGAUUAAUAAUCCCCAAGGAAAUGUAUGGAAUAAUGCAAAUGAGAAUCCGGGAAUGAAUUAUCCAGGUGGUACGCCAUUUUUCCCCGGCAAUAGUGCUCAGAAUCCACAAUAUCAACGACCAGGUGGCGGUUUCACGGGAAAUCCCUCUAAUGGAGUUCCGGCUUAUUAUCGUCCAAAACCGGGAAUGGGUAGCAAUUGGAUCAAUGGAAAACCAAAUAAUAAAUAUGAUCCUAAUGUACAGGAACCUGAAGUAAUGGGUUGGAAUCCUAAUGUAUAUCCGAAUGGCUAUCCAAACCCAAUUAACGUUCCCGGAAACCAGAUGCAGACACAGGGUGUCGGCCGUCCAGGGUUUGACCAUCGUAACCCCGGCUUAAAUCAAGGGCAGCCGAUCCAAUAUCCGUCGGGAGACUUCCACAAUUACAGACCAGGAUUUCAAAAUGGUGGCUUAUUUAAUCCGUCCCAACGUCCUAAUGGAUUAAACAAUCAAUUACCAAGCUUACAGUACACGCCAAACUUUGACCAGAAUUUAAAUUACCCCGACCCUCAAAAUAGCUACUUGAAUAGAAACCGACAAAAUAAGACAGAAAAAGUAACAAUUUCAGCAGCUCCUACUGAUAUAUCCUCACAAUCACAACAUAAAAGUCCUAGUCGGAUGAAACAAUGCGUCCAGGACUGUCCCACCACCAGCGACUACAGUCCGCGCUGUGGAAGUGAUAACGUGACAUAUUUUAACGAGGAGAAAUUCCAAUGCUCCCUAAAAUGCGGUUUCGAUGUGAAAAUUAUAAGGAAUGGAACAUGUCCGAGCUGAUUUGAUCUGGCUUAAACUGUAUAAAAAAAUAUAAACUUACGAUGCCAAACAUAACUAAAUAAUCAUAAAUAUUACAUAAUUAUAUUAGUAACAACAUUUAAUGAAAAAGAAACAUUAAAUGAAAAAAAAAUCAUUUUAUUUAAUCUAACUGACAGGAGCUACCAAAAAAAAUUAUGUAAAAUAUGGCAUAUGACAUAUGAUUGACAUAUACAUAAUUAAUUUGUGUGACAAAAACUAUACAUUACAAAACACAACAAUUAUUGACAUAUCCAUAAACGAAAUUAAAAUCGUCCAAACUUGAAACAUAUCCGCCAUAUUAAUUAUCAUUAAUGAAUAUUUUACGUCUAAUUGUAAUUCGCAACGUGUCGCAUUGAUUUGGAAACGAUUGUUAAUAUUUAACGCAUUGAUUACGUAUCACGGCCUAAUUAACUAAUGAGCUUCGGAAUAUUCUUCUGUAUUCGGUUUUAUUAAGCGACUUGCUUUAAAUUAAUAUUUUUUAUGUUUUAUUCUAUUGACGAGCUAAACUGGGGAAGGUAUUUUGAACAAGUUAAGCGUACUCCACUGUCCAUUGAAUUAUGCAUUAAGUUGCAACUUCGAAUUACUAUUAAGAAUGUUGUAAAACAAACCUUUUGUAUUUUUAAUAUAUUCAUUUUCUAUAUACUUAUAUACUAUAACAAGAAUCUAUUAUUUUUUUAACUGUAUUA